AAGAAGAGAGGCACAGGAGCAUCGCUGCCUCGUCCAGGAACAAAACGAGCUGACACUGUGUCAAGCACAAUGGCAUCGCCUGAACGAAUUAGUCGAAGUCGGACGAAGGGUGUUUCCCAGUCACAGCCAAGCAGCAGGUCUGGAUCCCCCACAUCUCGGCUGAGCUACGCUACCUACUCACACACGCAUGGUACGGGAUGGGUGCGCCGAAAAUCUGGCAUUCUCACGCCGUUGGGCACAAGCCGUGAGGCAAGCCCGACACAACCCACUGCAGCCACCCCGUCUAUGACAGGAAGCUGCUUCAAGUGUGGAGAGGAAGGACAUAUGAGCCGGGACUCUUCCCAUUUCAGAGCGGCUUGCUGUGGCAACCUCAAGGAUAAAACGAAAACAGAUUCAACUUUGAGCAAAGAUCAGGCCGCGAAUGUUGGAGCCGACCAAGGGUGGUGAGCGAAGGUAUGGACGUCGGGAGCAGAGAGCUGAGGCAGUGAGCGACUCGUGAAGAAGAAACUUAUUUACAGAAGUUUAUUUACAUUUUGCAAGAGAGCAGAAUCGUGUCGUAGCAGAUUCGUGUUGAAAGAGGGCUAUAAAAAGUUCAUAUCCCUGUUA